AUGGCUAGAGGUGCAAACUCUAGCAGUCCAGAAUUGAUGAAAUCAUGUUGUGGACGAACACACAGUGCAACUUUAGAAAGCUCUACCGGAGAGAUGUAUAUCUUGUUUGAGACAGACAAUACGGUAGGUGAUACUGGGUUUGAGAUUGAGUACUGGUCUAAUGGUAUCACAACGACGACUAUGACAACGACAACUAUGACAACACCAACUACGACAACACCAGUCGCUCAAUCAACAGUAUUUUACAACAGUAGUUUAAUAACACUGACAGCAACACCACAAAUUCAACUAUUUACCUCACAUCCGGACUAUGAUGGACAUACACAGUAUCCUGACGGGAACUAUAGACAGGACUGGUAUAUAACAACAAACUGGAUUAACCACACGAUAAAACUUAACUUUGCUACUUGCUUCAUAGAAAAUUCUAAAGGAAUCUGUAUGUAUGAUUACCUUUACGUGUAUGAUGGGGCAAAUUCAAGUAGUCCAGAACUGCUGAGGACCUGUUGUGGAGAAACACACAGUGCAACAUUAGAGAGUUCGUCUGGAGAAAUGUAUAUUUUGUUUGAGACGGACUAUACUGUAGGUGAUAUUGGUUUUGAAAUCGAAUACUGGUCGAAUGGUAUCACAACAACAGGAGCUUCUCAUACAGAUCAGUUAUAUCUCACUAUAUUUCAACUAUGA